CCAUAAUUCUCUUAGCUUGCUACAUACGUAUAUAUAUAUAUCAAAAACACCGUACGUCCAUUGAUAUAAUUAAUUAAUUACACAAUGGCUGCUGCAGUUGCCGUAGCGGAACCCGAGUCCGGAGCUCCAGCCGGGCACCACCUGCCCGCUCCCAAAAUGGGACACGGCGGAAAGCACCAUCUGCGCAAGGGCCGUUACGACUACGGUUACUACGUGAGAGAUCGGCGCAGCGCUUUGAGUGCGGGCCUCGUAUUCCUGCUGCUACUGGCGGGCGUCGCCGCCCUGACUGUGUGGCUUCUCUACCGCCCCUACAAGCCCAAGUUCAGAGUGGCGGAGGCUGCCGUUUACCAGCUCAACACCACCUCGCCGCCCUUCAUAACGACGACGAUGCAGCUGACGGUGGUCACCAGGAACCCCAACCGGCGGGUCUCCCUCUACUACGACCACCUCUCGGCCUUCGUCUCCUACAAGAACCAGCAGGCCAUCACCGCCCCGCUGCCCCUGCCGCCGCUCUUCCACGAGACCAAGACCACGGUGGCGCUGUCCCCCGUGCUGGGAGGGAGCCCCGUGCCGGUGGCGGCGGAGGCGGCCAACGGGCUGCUCAUGGACCAGGCCUACGGUGUGGUGUGGCUGAGGCUGGUGCUGACGGGGCGGGUCAGAUACAAGGGCGGGGGCAUUUGGAGUCGGCGGAAUGGAGUGUUUGUGAGGUGCGAUUUGUACGUCGGGAUGAAGAAAGGCUAUGUAGGGCAGCUGCCUCUGCUCGGCUCUCAGCCCUGCACCGUCGAUGUCUGAUGUCAUCUUCUCAUUCUCCAUCUUUUUUCUUACGUACAAAGUUCAUUUCUUUUAUUGAUUAAUAAUCAUAAUAAUAAUCAUAAUCAUACUCGAUAUGUUUCCAGAUAUGUAUAUACGUAUUUAUAUAUAUGUAUUCUGCAUUCCGGCGUGUUGCGUAGCAUAGCUAGCUUAGAUAUUUGUUUGUAAACUGUAAUUGAAUGGAACGUUUUUAUUUAUUCAUUUGUUU